AUGGCGUCUCAAACCUUCAAAGCGGGCUAUUUUCAGACCUUCGCCUACCCGUCAAAGUAUCAAGUCCUCAUCCACGAUGAACUAUAUGGAGAACAUUUAAUCUCAGACCCUAUCCUGGUUGAUCUACUCCACUCACCCGCCCUCCUGCGUCUCCAGGGCGUCUGUCAACACGGUGUGACCGGCUUCCUAGGCAUCACCCAUCGAAUCACCCGCUUAGAACACUCGGUUGGCGCAUUUCUGAUGGUACGCACCGUCGGUGCAAGCAUCGAAGAACAAAUCGCCGCGCUUCUUCACGACAUAAGCCACACGACCCUUAGCCAUGUUGUGGAUUGGGCUUUGUCGAAAGACGGGGAAGAAAGCUUCCACGAAGUCCACAAGAUGAGAUACGUGAACAUGACCAAUUUACUCGAGAUUCUGGACAGUCACGGGUUCGGAGAAUCUCAGACAUUGGAAGAGCAUCUUUUCCCGCUUGUGGAGCAGCCAUCACCGCAUCUGUGCGCGGAUCGUCUCGAUUAUGCCUUGAGGGACGCGGUGGGCUUCGGCUAUCUGUCCCUAAACGAAGCGAAACAAGUACUAUCCUCCCUAAGAGCGUUUCCAGAUGUUUCCCAUCCACAGCGCAUGCUGGUGCUGGAAGACGUCGAUCUGUCGAUUCGCAUCGCAAGGUCAUAUAUAGCCAUCGAUCGCGAUGUCUGGUCGAACAGAGCACAUAUCGACAUGUACCGAAGAACGGCUCAAGCGAUUGCAACCGUCCUCAAACAGGGAAGCAUCAAGGAGGAGCAGCUAUGGGAGUUAUCGGAUGAGGAGUUCUGGCAGCUUUUGCGCGAUGUGGCUGAUGAGCGAACCCGGGGAAUCCUGGAUCGUCUGGAGAAGGAGGGCCUUCCUUCGGAGGAGGGCUUACCGCUUCCCCGUGGCGCCAAAGUUCGGACUCUCGACCCAGAUAUCUAUGUGCCAGAUGCAGGUAAACCACUUCCGUUGUCAGUAGUCCUCCCUUCUUGGGCCACUGAGCUGGAGGAAUAUAUCCACAGCCGUGAAGCCACCAGAGCCUAA